AUGGCUGAUAAUCAAGAACAAAAACCUGAAGUGGGGCAAGAUAAUAAAACAGACGCCCCAUCGGGGAGAACUGCAAAAACUGAAAAAUCGGAACCGAGUUCCACCCGCGCGGAAAACCCACUUGCCGGAGUGACUGCGCUUCUGGAGCGAUACGGUUACCAAUUGGGAGACAUUCUCGGCAAAGGAUCUUAUGCAGUGGUAAGGAAGGCCUACUCAAGAAGGCACAAAAGAUAUGUUGCUGUUAAAAUCAUAUGCAAGAAGAAAGCGCCCGAGGAUUUUUUAUCCAAAUUUCUGCCUCGAGAGAUCAAGGUUCUUAAGAAACUCCACCAUCCUCAUGUCCUCUCACUGAUUGAGGUUAUUGAGACAAACACCAGGAUGUACAUUAUAACAGACCUGGCGGAAAGCGGCGAUCUUUUAGAGUUUAUACGAAAGAAUGGUGCAGUAGCUGAGGCUCAAGCAAAACGAUUGUUCAAACAACUAGUCCUAGGGAUCACCUAUGUUCAUAGUCAAGAUGUGGUGCAUAGAGAUCUAAAAUGUGAAAAUCUGUUGCUAGACAAAGAAAAGAAUCUUGUUGUAUCUGAUUUUGGAUUUGCGCGCGAUAAUUUGACGUCAGCUACGGGCAAGAAAAAGCUCUGUCAUACAUAUUGUGGUUCUUACGCCUAUGCACCUCCAGAAAUACUUAAAGGUGAGUUAAUUCCUCAGAUCUUUUCUCUAGGUUUAUUUUUUCUUUUUUCAUCCUACACUUGCUACCGAGGUGAAACUGCAGACAAUAUUCUAGAUCGCCUUUUGAAGCAUUUAUCAUAGAAUGUAUGACAAAAUGUUCAGUUCGGGGUGCGUAUUCAAAUCUCGAGCCGGUGUAGUACUUGCUUUAUAUAUGUGAUGAGUAACAGUACUUCGACUUUGAUAUUUUGUCAAAUCCACUUUUUUUUAUUUGAGUUUAAAUCAGAGAGGAGAAACCAUUUCCAAAACAUGACUGGGUCCAAGAGCGGGAUAUAUGAUGAGAUUCCUGUGAUCUGAUUGGUUACCAGAUUGGGCAAGAUGAACCCCCGGGAUUACCCGCAUUAUCAUGCCAAAAGAGAGGGAGAUAAUAUUCAUUUUCACUUUUCAUUCCUAGUAACUUCUAAGGAACUUUUUAUUCUUUCAAGAAAAAUUUUUUUUGGUGGAUUUGACUAUUACACAUUCAGGCGUGCCUCAACCCCUCACACCCCAAAAUCAAUAAGCAUCUUCUCCAUACUGUUCUCCACACAUUUCCUAAGGUGCUGACAAGGAGAAUUUGUUUAACAAUCAAUAGUUUCUUUAAUAUGUGAUCAUUUACCUUACUCUCGGAACCUUAAAUGUUUGAUUCAGGGGUGAUAUUGUAAGGAGAAAUUAGAUGCUAGACACUGUUAAGGUCAAAGGGUCAAUACCGCCAAAGGAAGGAAAUAUAUAAAAAGGUUUCACGAUUCAUCAGGCAAUUCUGAUGGUCCCUUUAGGAAUCGCUUAUGAUGCUACAUUAGCAGACGUAUGGAGUAUGGGGGUGAUUCUGUACACCAUGGUUUGUGGUCGACUUCCUUUCGAUGAUUCCAACCUACGGAGUCUACUGCAACAGGUUCACCGCAGAGUCAACUUUCCUUCAAAGAUUAAAAUCGCUGAACCUGUAAAAGCCAUCAUCCACAAAAUGCUACAAUGGAACUUAACUGAGCGAGUAACGGUAGAACAACUUAGAACUGACCCAUGGCUGACCGAAGAGAAGAUUGAGAACGAGGUCGAGAUAGCCUCGUCAUGA